UUUUAUAUAAUCCUUUGUAUAAUCACAAUGUUAUUAACACAUGUAUUUCAUUGAGAUGUUUAAUGAGUUGUUCCUCGGUUCCUGCUCCCAUGUUCAGUGUAUGAGGCGGAGUCGCGGGCGUCGCUCGUCUACUGCACGCGACUAUAUGACAACACUAUAACCCCGUCCGCGUGUCGCGAUCAGUGAACAGGUCCCAUUCAUCGUAUUGAACAGGAGUUUAGAAAAUGUUAUAAAACACAACAGAAAGAUGAGUUCAGAAACAGAGAAUGUCCACCUUAAAGAUAACACGGACUUGCAAAUACAAAAAAUGAUCGAGAAACAUGAAAAGAAGGUAGAAACGAACGGCUUGGAGGUGCCGAGGAAGAGUCACAGGCUGUCGUUCAUGGAGGAGGAGAGCUUGAAGGAGAGGAACCGACUACAGCUGCUGAAACAGAUAGCGGCCAUCCUGAAGCAGGGGGACGAGAGAUACAGCAAGGAAACCUUGCACAGGACCUUCCAAGAUGACGACUUGUUGGAGCGAAUCUUUCGUUUGUUCUGUGAUGAAGAACAUCUCGUCCAGGAGGAGUGGAUAGAAGCACUUAAGGAGAGGUUACAAGAAGACAAACAACUCGACUUCGUGGAGCAAGUCGAGAGCGUCGCGUACGUACUCUGUGGAGACGGAGUGGUCACGAAGGAGACGUUCAGUAAGAUAUGGAAGAACAAGGUGGUGACGAACAAGAUGUUCCGCGCGGUGGAAGGCGGGUCAGGCUCAGUGGGCGCAUCGGACCUCGUGGACCUCAUCACGGCCGCCACCGACAGCAGAACCAGAGCCGGUAUAGACAAGGAGUCAUUGGAUCGUUUGGAAAGAUUGUUCAAGGAGACGGUCGGUGACCAGAGAGAGAUCACCAGAGAACAGUUCCAGAAGAUCGUCGUCUCCAAGAAUCCCUUCUUCACUGAACGCGUGUUUCAAAUCUUCGACGAAGAUGACUCCGGAUCCAUCUCCCUCCGCGAGUUCCUCUCAGCGGCCGCUCGUGUCGCUUCGCGGUCACCCAGAGACAAGCUGAGGUUUCUCUUCCAAGUGUACGACCUGGACGGUGACGGGCUGAUACAACACCGUGAACUGCAGCACGUGAUGAGAGCCGCCAUGGAGGAAAACAACAUGAGCUUCUCAGAGGAACAGCUCCGAGACCUCACUAGCGCUCUGUUCGAAGACGCGGAUGUUGAUGGGCGAGGAGCCAUCACGUGUGACGCGCUCCGAGACCAACUCGACAGACACGGGGGACUAUUAGACAAUCUCUCCAUCAGUAUAGACCGCUGGCUGGUGCCUCCUCCUCAGCCGGAGCCCCUCGCCCUGCGCCAACGACUCGCCAACAUGAGACCUUACCAACUGUCUCUAAACUAUCUGAGGAACAACUAUGUUUUCGUCUCCUACUUGGCAUUCUUCUUUCUCAUGAACGUAGCUCUCUUCAUUGCAAGGAUCGUCGAAUACUGGGAUCACAAUAUUUUUGUUAAAUUUGCUCGAGCUUCAGGCCAGUGUCUGAACUUCACAUCAUCGUGGGUGUUGGUGCUGAUGCUGCGUCGAACCCUGACCUCUCUCCGUGAGCGCGGGGUGGUGGGAGCUCUCCUCGACCGUCACGUCUCCCUCCACAAGCUGGCGGCCCUCACCCUCAUUGCACACGCCGCCCUGCACUCCGUUAUGCAUUUCUGUAACUUUGCGCUGGUGGUGGUGCCGCCCUCCCCACUACCACUCCACGUGUGGUUGCUGACCUCUCGUCCGGGAGUCUUCGGUCUGAUUCAAGGCUGGGCUAACCCCACGGGUGUAGUUCUUGUGGUGGUGCUGGCAGCCUUGGCGUACUCCUCGCGACCAGCAGUCAGGAGAAGGGGUUGCUUCGAGGUGUUUUACUUCACCCAUCUCCUGUACGUUCCGUUCUGGAUUCUCCUCAUCCUUCACGCACCCAAUUUCUGGAAGUGGUUCAUCGUCCCCGGAACCGUUUAUCUCAUCGAGAAGAUGUUAAGGCUUUGGUGGUUGAGAUCUGGUCGUGGCCGCAGUUACAUAACAUCCGGCGCCCUCCUUCCCUCCCGCGUCCUGCACGUGGCCGCACGCCGACCUCGAGGGUUCAACUUCCGCGCCGGAGACUAUGUGUUUGUGAACGUGCCCGCUAUAGCUCGAUUCGAGUGGCAUCCCUUCACCAUCAGCAGUGCGCCCGAGGAGAAAGACUACAUCUGGCUUCACAUCCGAGGAGUGGGCGAGUGGACCAACAGACUGUAUGAACACUUCGAACAACAAACGAAACGAGAACAAAUACAAGAAAAAACGCAUCGUAGCAAUUCAACCCAGAGCAACAAAAGUAAUCAGAGUAACAAGAGCAAUAAAAGCAAGAAGUCCACCAAGAAACCUUCCAUAGACUCCGGAUACACUAAUGAAGCGUACACCAUUGAUGAAGAAAACGAAAAUGGCUGCGGUCUCAACUCAACUCCACAAACCCGUCCUCCGCUCUUGUCUCCUCUUCGCUUCCUGGAGAAGUCUCGCUCGAUGCCCGACGUGAGAAAAAGUUUAAAGAAGAAACGGUUCAUGAUUCCUGAGUAUCACCGCUCCGAGUCAGCCACCUUCCCCCCGGCGCCGGCCCCCUCCCCCUCGCCGCGCCCCUCUGCUCGCAGCCCCGCGGGCGCCCUCCACCUCGCAAACAGCUUCCGUCACCUGAGGACUAAGCCAGCCAUCGUGUCGUGUGAGACGCCGCCUCUUAAGAAAGAAAGCUUACUGACCAGCGCGAGACGUCGCCUGUCAAAGACGCUCUCUCCAGACAGAGACGAUGAUGACAGACACGAAGACCCGGAGGCGGGAGACGGCGCGGAACACGAGGACCAACAUGGACAUACAUACAUGAAACCGUUAGAGAUGUACAUCGACGGUCCGUACGGCGCGGCUUCCUCGUUAAUGUUUUCGUGCGAGCACGCGGUCUUAGUGGCGGCCGGGAUCGGGGUGACUCCGUUCGCGUCGGUGUUACGGUCCAUCGCCCACAGACUGUCCCGGGCGCAACACGCCUGCAGCAACUGCGGCCAGCGCUGCGUGACCCCGGACGCCGCCGACAUCACGCUCAAGAAGGUCGACUUCAUCUGGAUCAAUCGAGACCAGAGAGCCUUCGAGUGGUUCGUGUCGCUACUGUCGUCUCUGGAGAUGCAGCAGGCCGAGCUGGAGCGGGCGGGAGGCCGGAGGUUCCUCGAUAUGCACAUGUACGUCACCAGCGCGCUGCAGCGCUCCGACAUGAGGGCGGUGUCGCUGCAGCUGGCGCUGGAUCUGAUGCACGGCAAGGACCAGCGGGAUCUGGUGACCGGACUUAAGACCCGCACCGCCGCCGGAAGACCCAACUGGGACGUAGUCCUCCGGAGAGUGGCCGCCGGGCGGCAGGGACCCAUCUCCGUGUUCUACUGUGGGCCCGCUCCCCUCGGGCGAGUGCUCCGGGACAAGUGCUGCCGGCUCGGGUACGACUUCCGGAAGGAGGUCUUUUGAUGCAACCCUCAUAGAAAAUGACAGCUUGUGUGUGUUUGUGUGUGUGACUCCAUUUGUAUUUAUAUUGUUCGUCUUGGAAUGAUCUUGUUUGUAUAUAAGUUUAUUUAUUUUAUUUAUGUCUCCUAAAUCGUUUGUCUCGCCAUUACAUACGGUUAAUUUAAUUAUAAUACGAUUGUUGUAUACAGCAUGCUCUCGUCACAGUGUUCUCACUCGUGUCAGCGGCAGGUUAUUAUUUAUUUGACGUAUUUGUUAUAACAUAUAUUAGGCAUUCAAAGUAAGCUGCUCUGCUCCCUCCACACAGACGUCGUGGCUAGUUAUAUUUGUUUUAGAGUAAUAAUGUAAGGAGAUAACAAAGAAAUGACGUGUUUAAUGUUCAGUUACCGAUGAAUUGUAGUCAUGCUUAUUUAUUUUUCUGUCGUCAGAUUCGUUUCUUUAAUUAUAUGUAUUUUUGUAUUUUUAUAUCGAGAGUUAAUUAAAUAUAAACUGCGAUUAUUAUAACGACUUUUUUAAAAUUUAUUUUAA